CACCAUUGUGAUUUGGCCCCGGCAGGUAAACCAGAGUUAAAGCCGAAGUUGAGUUAAGCACGCGACUGUCACUCGAAGCGAAGUAGCUCACGGCUUUGUAUCAAAGUGCCUUCGAAGACCGUUUGCGCCUCGGUUUUCUUACCGCAGUAUACCUAUCUGUAUGAAGAAUGCUUGCCGCGUCCAUCACAUCUAUUUCAGCCCCUUGUUUCCUGAAGGACUAUGACCGGUGGCUGCGUCUGCCUAGUCGCGGUCGUCCAGCUGGGCAGGUAGACAAAACCUCCGUGACCUGCAGACCCUACACCUUCCUCCAGGGAAAUGAGGACUCUCUUGCUGGCCGCCACGUGGCUCUGCCUCGGCCCGUCCCUGGACGCAUUGUCUCUGGGUGGACGGAGGACGGAGGCGGCGGACGGAGGAGAGAAGCCGCUCCGACGAGUGAGGCGAGGCUGGAUGUGGAACCAGUUCUUCCUGCAGGAGGAGUACACGGGCAGUGACUAUCAGUACAUUGGCAAGCUCCAGUCAGACCAGGACCAUGGCAACGGCGUGGUCAAGUAUGUUCUGUCCGGCGAGGGGGCCGGCACCGUCUUCGUCAUCGAUGAGAACAACGGUGACCUGCACGCCACCCGCCGCCUGGACCGCGAGGAGAAGGCUUUUUAUAUCCUCAGGGCCACAGUGGUCAACAAGCGCACCGGUCAGAAGUUAGAGCCGGAGACCGAGUUCACCGUCAAACUCCACGACAUCAACGAUAAUGAGCCUCACUUCAGCAAAGAGGUGUACACCGGCAGCGUGCCGGAGCGGUCGGACAUCGGGACGUCUGUCAUCCAGGUGACAGCUACAGAUGCUGACGACGGCAUGUACGGGAACAGUGCCAAGCUGGUGUACAGCAUCAGCCAGGGACACCCGUACUUUUCCGUGGACCCCAACACAGGUGUGAUCCGGACGGCCUUGGGUCCCAGGGACAUGGACCGCGAACAGAGGGAGCACUACCAGGUGGUGAUCGAGGCCAAAGACAUGGCCGGCCAGAGAGGGGGGCUCACAGGAACCACAGUGGUUAACAUCACCCUCACUGAUGUCAACGACAACCCGCCACACUUCACUCAGAGUAUCUACCAGUUCAGAGUCCCGGAGUCGUCGAGGUCCGGCAGCCCGGUCGGGAGGAUUCGUGCCACCGACAGAGACACCGGGAAGAACGCUGAGAUGUAUUUCACCAUCGCCAGCGGAGACGGCAUGGACAUGUUCGAUAUCUCCACCGACAGGGUCACGCAGGAGGGAGUGAUCAGCGUCAGCAAGCCUCUGGACUUUGAGAAGAAGCCGUCGUACACGGUGGAGAUCCAGGUGCAGAACACCCAGUUGGACCCUCGCUUCAUGUCGAUGAGCUCCAAAAACAUGGCCACGGUCCGGAUCGGCGUGGAGGACGUGGACGAGCCGCCGCUGUUCGACAAGGCCAGCUAUCUGAUGGAGCUGAAGGAGGACGCCGAGGUUGGCGCGGCCGUGGGCUCAGUGAGCGCCGUGGACCCCGAUGGAGCUCGCAGCAUGGUCAAGUACUCCAUCGACCGGCGCACCGACAUGGACCGCCUGUUCAACGUGCACCCGGGGAACGGCUCCGUGUUCCUGCUCAGGCGGCUGGACAGAGAGGAGGCGGCCUGGCACAACAUCUCCAUCAUCGCCACGGAGUUCAAUAACCCCCGUCAGAGCAGCCACGCCCCCGUCUUCAUCCGCCUGCUGGACAUCAACGACAACGCUCCCGCCUUCGCCACCGUCUAUGAAACCUUCGUCUGUGAGAGAACCAAGGCUGGUCAGCGGAUCCAGACGGUGAGUGCCGUCGAUGCGGACGAGCCGUCAACAGGACACAAGUUUUUCUUCAGUCUGGCCCCGGAGAUGAUGCACCGCAGCAACUUCACUGUCCGGGACAAUGGAGAUAACACUGCCAGCAUCCUGACACGACGAGCCAGUUAUAGCCGCCUCCACCAGAGUGUCUACCUUGUUCCCGUGGUGAUCACUGACGGGGACUACCCCAUGCAGAGCAGCACCGGGACCCUCACUGUGAGAGUGUGCACCUGCGACCGCGAAGGCAACAUGGAGCUGUGUAAUCCGGAGGCGCUGAGCAGCUCGCCCGGCCUCAGCACCGGAGCGCUCAUCGCCAUCCUCCUGUGUGCCAUCAUCCUCCUCAUGAUCGUGGUCCUGUUCACCGCAUUGAGGCGCCAGAGGAAGAAGGAGCCGCUCAUCAUCUCCAAGGAGGACGUCCGCGACAACGUGGUGAGCUACAACGACGAGGGCGGCGGUGAGGAGGACACCCAAGCCUUCGACAUCGGAGCCCUGCGACACCCGGACGCCGCCGCCGCCCUGGAGGAGACUGCCAAACAGAGGCGUGACAUCAUCCCCACGGACACCCUGCUCUACCCGGCGCACCGCCGACCCGCCCCCGCCGCCGGCCUCAUCCUGCCGCCGGUCGGCGUGGCGUCACGGGGCAACGGGGACGUGCGCGAGUUCAUCAAUCAGAGAGUGCUGGAGAACGACUGCAACCCGACGGCGCCGCCGUACGACUCGCUGGCCACGUACGCCUACGAGGGAGCCGGCUCGGUGGCCGAGUCCCUGAGCUCCCUUGGCUCAGCCUCAUCUGAGGCCGAGCAGGACUACCACUACCUGAGUGACUGGGGGCCCAGGUUCAAGAAACUGGCUGACCUGUACGGUACCGAGGACAGCGACUUCUCCUAACAAAGACACCGCGGAGCCACACACUCGCUUACACACACACACACACACACACACACACACACACACACACACGCGCGCAGAAAACACUUCCACGUCGCACUACAAACUCAGUGUAAGAAAAGGUGAGAACUUUCAAAGACACAAUCAAACACAUGAAGAACCAACAGAUGUGCUGGCAGAUGUUCAUCCCAUGUGAUGGGACAAUCAGGCACGCCGCCCGACCUUUGACCUGCCUUCACUGGUCACGGAGCUCACCGAGUCCUUUUCAGCCGACUCCAGUUCUUAUUGUCUGUUUGUAAAUGGGCCGAGCGCAGCGUGGACCUCUUUAAAGACUCAUUUCAGGCCCCGAGCGGAGCCGAGAAUCAACGUCGGGGCUGUUGUGUGUUGGGAAUUAGACUUGGAGGGUUUUUGCUUUAAUCUCCCGGGGGUCACUGAAAAAGUGUCUUCCGCUCAAGGUGACCGAGCGGAGGGUGUGGAAGGCCGGUCGGCCAACGGGACUGGACCCCGAAGAGAGGUUUUCUUUUUUCUUUCUGACUAAGUGCCCUUUCUGCUGCCCUUCCAGCUGGACUGGACGCCUGGACGCUGGCUGACGCUGGAGGGGGGCCGUCCCCUUUUACACGAUUCCUUUUUGUGUUGUUCUUCUUCUUCUUUUUUUGCCGUCUUGUACAAAAAUGACCAUUCCAGAGGAACCGAUCUGACGGAUCCUCGCCGCUUGAAAGUCGCCUUCUUUCGGGACACAGAGUAAAAGACAAGCUCGUACGACUAAAUGCACUGAUUUCUUUACGCGGGUUUUUAAGGAUAAUCUUUUUUCUUUCUUUCUUUGUGCUGCACACAAGAGGACGAUGGACGCGAACGACAUGAUUUCUAGGUUUUUGAUUUACCGGUACAUGGUGUCAGAACUGUGGAUGAACAUGAGACGUAUUGGAAGUAAACCAAGUUUUGUGAAUCUUUUAGUUUUACCCGAGGGAUUUCCCCUCAAACUAAAUACAACUCCAGAUGUCAGACAGAUACUGAUGAAUGCUAAUCCAUGUCGGAAUAUGUUCAUUGGGAAUAUUCUUCUACAUGAAGGAUGCGGGGGAGCUGAUGCUUUUAUCUUGAAAAUUCAGAUGAGCGCUUCGGCGUGACUUCUCAAACUACCAGUGCUUUCUUUCUUACCUGGCCCUUGUCCCGUCCUUCCUUCAAGUUUCGCGGAAGUGCGUUUUUCAACCAACCAGUGGACGGGUGAAAUCCGAACCUCCGUCGUGGAGAUAAUUACAUGAAAAUGGGUCCGUGAACAUUUUGGGAAUUGGGCUCUUGGUCAAGAGCGACUACAAUUGAACAGAACCAUAUUAGUUUUUGACAGUGUAAACUGACUCUGGCAUUAGACUGUGUGGGCGGUGUUCAUGUGGAUGAAUAAUUCACAAAAAGGAACGCAGGAGGCGGCUCACAAGCAGAAGUUAAUCACUCACCUUUUCGCUUUGGUUCAAAGCAGAUUUCGCGAGACAGCGACAGACCUAAUUCAGAGCCUGCGUCACGUCUUCAAAGUAACCUUGUUUUCAGCCUCACAUCACUUCCCGCUCACUCGUGUUUCCCCCCCACCACGCUCGAACAUUGAGGAUGUGAUUCCAGUGUUUGUUCCCAUGGGCAUUCCGGCACGGAUUUCACUCGCCGUUUUUUUUGUUUGACACCAGAAAAAUGUUCUUUUUUUUCUUUCUUUUUUUUGGCUUCAUUCAGCCCACCCUCGUGUCUCAUUCAGACUCAUGGGGUUUUUUUGUAAUGUUGUCAUUUACCAACACGGGAAGGCAGUGAAUCCAUCAUUUGCUUUGUGGGACUAAUUUCCGAAGCAGAAGGUCAAAAUCAUGACAGUCAACCUCAGUGCCAUGUUAAAAAAAAAUUGAAAAAAAGAUGAUUUUCCCAGUGACGGAUGAAACAUGAACUUAUGAUCAUUUCAUUCCAUAGCAGGGGUUUGUAUUGUUGUUUGGACGUUCCAGUAAAAGCAGCGGCUUGUUCCAGUUGUGUUUUUCGUGACUGUGGUCUGCUCUGAAGGCUUGAUACAAAAAAAAAAAUGUCCACAUAUUUUUCUUUAUAUUGUAAUUCAUUCUUUUCUUUUUUUCGUACCAAAUAUUUAUAGGACAUGUUGAUCACAAUUCACGGAGGGGGGAACAAAAAAAAUCAAACCACCUCGGGCUUCACUGUUUUUUAAUGUUUUUGGGAGGUGUGAAAUUGCUGUAGGCAGUCAACCGUCUGUAUAUGAUGAUGUAUUAUCGGGUUGUUCGAUUUUAUCAAAAUAAACUUUUACAGUUAAAA